UGCGCGGGCAUCUUUAAUUAAUUAUGGGUUGCCUACUCCCAUUUUUAAUUUUAAUGCCCCGCCCACCCAUCAUUUUCUUCUGUCAAAUUCCAACUUCCCAUAUCUCCACACUGUUACUACUUCUGCAAGCUAACUACUAUAUUUACUCACAUUUUCUUCAUGUCCAUUACCUCGUCUAAGUUCUAACUAGUUUACUUUCAUUUUUUCUGAAAAUCUGAAGAAAUACGACACUAAUUUCAAUCGAUUCGAUCGUGUAAAACAAGUCCGAUGGGAUCAGUGCAAGAUGAGAAUAAGGAUGAAUUUAAACAAAGUCUUACCCGGGGAAAACUCAAGCCUUCUUCCUCAUCGUCGUUCCGUCUCCGUAGCCCGAGCCUGAAUUCCAUUCGUCUUCGUCGGAUCUUCGAUGUGUUCGAUAGAAACCACGAUUGUUUGAUCAGCGUUGAAGAACUCAGCCAAGCACUUAACCUGCUUGGAUUAGACGCCGAUCUAUCAGAAAUUGAAUCCAUGGUGAAAUUACACAUCAAACCAGAAAACACAGGUCUUAGAUUCGAAGAUUUCGAAGCUUUGCAUCGAUCUCUGAACGACGUUUUCUUCGGGUCAACAUGUGAAGGUAAGCUUGGGUUGAAUCCGGAUCCGACACAGGAUGAAUCGGAUCUGAAAGAAGCGUUUGAUGUUUUCGAUGAGAACGGCGAUGGAUUCAUAUCGGCGAAGGAAUUGCAGGUGGUGCUAGAGAAAUUGGGAUUGCCGGAAGGAAGUGAAAUUGAUAGAGUGGAGAUGAUGAUUUCGUCAGUUGAUCAGGAUCAUGAUGGUCGCGUUGAUUUCUUCGAGUUCAAGGAUAUGAUGCGUACUGUUAUUGUUCCUUCAUGAUUUUUAGUUUC